UCAGAUACAAACAGAUACAAACAAUUCAGAGAGAGGGUCAAAAAAGCAGGUCCAGGGACAGGUAGCACAUCCGGUGAACAGCUCAGGAUUCCAUGGCCGCAGACAGAACUGCAGACACUGGAUCAGCAGCACAACAAGGUAGCACAUCUGGUGAACAGAUCAGGGUUACAUGGCUGCAGACAGAACAGCAGACACUGGAUCAGCAGCACAACAAGGUGGAAUGGGAACGUGGACAGCCAGCUACCACCCAGGACACCAUCGCGGCCCGUGGAAAAGUAUUGUUUGCAGGCCCUCCUAUAACCAAAUAGAGGAUAAUCAAGUCCUUAUGACAAAAACAACUCUUAUCAGUUUGGUUUAUAGGCUAAUGAGUUACCUCAAUCCUGAUCAAAUUAUCAAACACUUUCACUUUCACUGUAUAUGCGUUCUAUAAAAGCUGCAUGAUUUGAGCUGUAGACCACUAUUCAAGAAGAGCCUGAAACAUCUCAAACGAUUCUGCAAGCAACCUGCCUGCCGAAAGCAUCUACUCCUUCAAGGUAAUUCUGCAUAUACCAGCUCAAAAUGAACCCAAGUGUUAGAGAGUUCUGGUUCCAGUCCGGCCCGGCCAAAAAACAGGAGACGCUCCACUCUUCAAGAACUGAGAAAAUAAAGGAUCUCCAGACUACAGUGAUGAGGGAACCAGUGUAUCUGAUUGAGGCGACUCACCAAAGAUUGCACAAUUCAACCGCCCUCGGUUAUGUCCAGUCUGACCCAGCAGUUUCUACAGUGAUGAUGGAGGAACCAGUGUGUCGGAUUAAGAACGACAUCGCUCGUGUGUUUGCGCCCCUGGAGGACGCUUUGAGUCAUGGAUCCUAUAUUCACCCAGGGGGUUACAAAGACUUCCAUGACAACCUACAGGAGCUAACCAGGCAAUACAGAACAGAGAGAGGCAGGGGAGUUAUGAGUGAGGAACUAUUGAGAGACUAUCUGGAUGAGAAGGCUAGAGUGGGGAACACUAUCCUCUUGGUCGACCAGACUCUCAGCAAAGAAGAACACAAAAGUGAAGUGGAGAGGGUGAAGAAGGAGGCAGCAGAACAGGCUCGGAGAGCGGCAGAAGAGCAGAUUCAGAUUCAGCAACAGCUGAUGGAAAAGAUUGAGAAAGAACGAGAGAUCACCAAACAGGAAUAUAAACAAGUGCUGGAGGCCAGACUUAAGGAGCUGAAGGACCUAACAGAUAAAGGCUUUAAAGAAAUAGGAGAAUACAUGGAGAAAAACAAAAACGCCAUUCAAAGUAACGAUAAUCCAACUCCUCAAAAUAAUGUCUCCAAAAUGUUGGAUGGAGUUGGGACUAUUUGUUCCUUUGUUCCUGGCGUUGGCACUGCGAUUGGGGGCGGUCUUAUCGCCAGUGCCAAAGCUUUAGACUACGCUUCAGAACUCGUAAAGUAACUGUCAGAUUUGUAUAAAAUGUGACCGAUUAUUAAUAAAAAUAUGAGGGAAAUAUUUUCCCUUAAAAUUAAAAAAAAAAAAGACGGUCCUUAGGUUUGUUUUCUGUG